CGCCCCCUGUGAGUCAGAGGCUUUAGGAGCGCUAGUGUAAUGACAGCUCAAAGCUGUCCACGUCAACACUGCUACAACCAUGGACUCCGCGGCUCUGGAACCCUCGCUGUACACAGUUAAGGCAGUCUUCAUCUUAGACAACGAUGGAAACAGACUUCUCUCAAAGUACUAUGAUGCAGAACUCUACCCCUCCAUGAAAGAGCAGAAGAAUUUUGAGAAGAACGUCUUCAACAAAACACACAAAGCUGACAAUGAGAUCGCCUUCUUAGAGGGAAUGACGAUAGUCUACAAGAGCAGCAUAGACCUGUUCUUCUAUGUAGUCGGUAGCGCUCAGGAGAACGAGCUCAUGUUGAUGGCAGUGUUGAACUGCUUGUUUGACUCUCUCAGUCAAAUGUUGAGGAAGAAUGUGGAGAAAAGGACUCUGCUGGAUAAUAUGGAUGGAGUUUUCCUUGUGGUGGAUGAAAUCAUUGAUGGAGGAGUGAUUUUGGAGAGCGAUCCACAACAGGUCAUGGAAAAGGUCAACUACAGGGCAGAUGACAACCCUCUAUCAGAACAGAGUGUGGCGCAGCACAUCACUGAGAAACUGGCUCUCACCACUAAUGUGUUACAGUCGGCAAAGGAGCAGAUCAAGUGGUCAAUUCUAAAAUAAGUUAGAAACACAAACUUCCCCUGACUUGAAAGAAUCUGUAAAUAAUUGAAAGGGAUUUUCAUUGUUAUUUUGAAUGAGAUGUAAUUUAAUUAUUGAAGUAGCACGUAAGGGGCACUUGUGUCUCAGGUUUCAUAUAAGAUAUUUAUAUUUUGUGUCAGAGUAAAUUAGGUCAUUUCUGCUUUAGGUUUUUUUUUUUUUUAUUAAAUGCAAAGGUAUAUUCACUAACAGCUACACAUAUGCUUGAAUUUGUCCAAAGAAGUUGCAAUUUCGUUGUUUCUAAACAUUUGCAAAUAUUGAUAGGCCUACAGCUGUGGUGUUUGGAGGUUAUAAGUUUAUUAAGCAUUGGGUUGUGAUUUUUUUAUGAUCACAAAUAUGAUUGUAUAAACCUCUUGUUUACUCCUUUGUCAUUUUGUUAUAAGUCAACAUUGCUCUUACCUUUUGUCAAAAAUGUUAUACACAAAUCAGAGUUCUGCCUACAACCUUAAUAUUAGCAAUUUUUCUUAAAAUGAGAAACAGGCAAUAUUAAAAAUUUACUAGAAUCAUUAUUAUUAUUAUUAUUAAUAUUAUCAUCAUCAUCAUCAUCAUCAUCAUCAUCAUCAUGGCGAUGCAGUGGCCCAGUAGGUAGUGCUGUCGUCUCACAGUAAGAAGGUCGCUGGGUCGAACCUUCUGUGUGGAGUUUGCAUGUUCUCCCUGCGUUCGCCUGGGUUUCCUUCGGGUGCUCCAGGUUCCCCACAGUCCAAAGACAUGCGGUACAGGUGAAUUGGGUAGGCUAAAUUGUGUGUGUGUGUGUGUGUGUGUGUGUGUGUGUGUGUGUGUGUGUGUGUGUGUGUGUGUGUGUGUGUGUGUGUGUGUGGAUGUUUCCCAGAGAUGGGUUGCGACUGGAAGGGCAUCCGCUGCGUAAAAACGUGCUGGAUAAGUUGGCGGUUCAUUCCGCUGUCGCGACCCCGGAUUAUUAAAGGGACUUAAGACAAGAAAAUGAAUGAAUUAUUAUUAGCUAUAUACUCCAUUGUAAUAUUUAAGGCAACACUGUAAAAAAUAUAUGAUCAAUUAGUCCUGACAGCAAAUGUUUUUAGUUUGUUCUAACUUAUUAAACUAAGUUAAUCAUGUUCUAACUAAAUUUUAUACGUUACGCAAGCUGUUUUAGGUCAGUUUAACAUAAUACAAGUUCAAACUCACACGGUUAAUUUGAUUCAACUUAAAAAUUAAGGCAACCAGGGCGUUUUUCAGUGAAAACACUAGCCUACGUGUAAUACACUUAUGAAAAAAUUAAAGUAUAUGGCAUUUUAAUUGAAAUAAAAGUCUUUGGCGAUACAAACUGACAAAACAUUUGCAUAAAAACAAGAAUAUUUGCUAGAAUUUUCUCUAGUGAAAUAAACUAUUUAUAUGCCCUGGAUUUGUUUAUUUUCUUUAAACCAUGGUUUCAGGAAACCUAUUGUGAACGAAAGUGUUAUUACAAACUAAUAAAUGUGUUUUAUAGC